AAUGAGCGGAAGUAAUGCAGCAUGAGUGAGGUCUGAAGCUAGAGGGACAGAGGUGUUGGAAACUGUCCUGUGCAAGAAAAGAGUGUCCGGACAGUGAAAGUUGCCGGUGGGAAUUGUCUCGGCGCUGUUUUGACAAGCUCAAGAAAAAUGGAGAUCGAGAGAGAAAUAAAGAAGAUAACCCUGGGACAUGAGAUUGGAGCCGGAGCAGCCUGCCUGAAAUGCAAGGACAAGUGUGAAGGCUUUGAUCUUCACUUCUGGAGAAAGAUUUGCCGAAACUGCAAGUGCGGCGUUGAGGAUCACGAUGUGCAGCUAGAAACAGAGGAAAAUAAGAAGGUGGGGAAGCUUUUCGAAGACACCAAGUACACAGGACUCAUAGCCAAGUUGAAGAGAGAUGGCAUUCCCUCAUACAGAGGCAACCAAGUCACCAUCUGCAUCCCAUCCCCCACCACCAGCACUGCUGCUCCUUUUCAAGCUACCACUUAUAUACCUGGAUCCAGCCAGACCUCCAUCCCGACUGCACAGCCUCCCCAUGCCCCACCUGCUGUCACCCCAGGAGCUGCAGCCCACACCCAUGCUGGCCCAGGAACAGGCCCCAGUGAUAUUCCCAGAACUGGCCAUGCUGCUGCCACAGGAAGAGGCCCUACUACUGCCCCAGGAACUGGCCCCACUGCUGCAUCAGGAUCAGGCCGUACUCUGGUCUCUUCCACUGCUGUCCCAGCUAAAGGGCCUGGUGCUGCCAGUGUUAUGGUUGCAACCCCCACCGCAGUGCCUGCCAAGACAAAUGUGGUCAAGUCCGUCACCUAUGAAUGGGCUCCACCUGGGAUCAACCAAAGCUUGGCUCUGCACUACAUGGAGCUCCUUCCUCCGGAGCGGCGACCCAUCUCUGGUACGGCGGGAGCAGAUUACCGUAAGAAGCAGAUGGCCAAACAACUUCCAGAGCAUGACCAAGACCCUGAGUUCUGCCAUGAACUUUCUCCUGGUGAGGUCAAGCAAAUGCAGCAGUAUGUCCGCAAGUACAAGGACGAGGCAUUGGGCAUAGGCGACAUCACGUUGCCCGAAGAGAUAGGAAGACAGGCGGGUCAAGCUGGGGAAAAGGGGCCUCGAGGUCUGGUGGCUGGAGGCAAGCCUGCUGCUGGAACAACAGGAAGACCAGGAAGUGGAAUUGAUUCAACACCGGGAGACAAAGGUGAUGCUGUUGCUACCAUGGGAAAGGUUGGCGCCCCAGGGGCUGUUGGGACUUCGCAAGGUGGACCUGUUGGUAAUUAUUCAUGCCACCAGUGCCAGUUGCCCAUGAAGAAGGGUGAGCCAGCGGUUUUUGCCGAACGAGCAGGCUACGAUAAACUCUGGCACCCGGCCUGCUUCGUGUGCUGUACCUGCACUGAGCUGCUGGUUGACAUGAUCUAUUUUUGGAAGAAGGGCCAGCUGUACUGUGGCCGGCAUUACGGAGACAGUGAAAAGCCAAGAUGUGCAGGUUGUGAUGAGCUCAUCUUCAGUAAUGAGUACACCCAGGCCGAGGGCCAUAAUUGGCACCUGAAGCACUUCUGCUGUUUUGACUGUGACUGUGUGUUGGCUGGAGAGACCUACGUCAUGGAGAACGAGAAGCCUGUCUGCAAACCCUGCUACAUGAAGAACCACACUGUGUGUUGUGCAGCCUGUCAGAACCCCAUCGAACCUGAAGCCCAGCGCGUAUCCUACGGAGAGCACCACUGGCAUGCCGAGCCCCAGUGCUUCCAGUGCUCCUGCUGCACCAAGUGCCUUGUGGGCCAGCGAUUCAUGGCCCUGCAGGGAAUGCUGCUCUGCUCUGUGGAGUGCAAGAAGAAGAUCUUAGCUUCCUAAAGGAGCACCCUGGAAUUUCACUUAUGUGAAAAAAUUGUUUGAGCACUGCAAGCCAGUAUUCCUUUUAAAGCAAAUGGUCAUCCAAAAUGAAAAUUCUUUCAUUAUUUGCUCGCAAUCAUGUCCUUCCAAACUCGAAUGUCUUUUUUCUUCUGUGGAAUACAGAAGUCGGUAUUUUAACCUUUUCUUUUUCCAAUGACUGUCAAGCUCCAUAAAUGUAAAAAAAAAAAAAAAAAAAAAGCAUUAUAAAAGUAGUCCAUAAUACUCUGGGUGAGAAAAAGACUGAAAAUUAAGUCUGAAAUUCAGUGAUAAUCUUCACCUCCAGUGUGUUGUUAACAUUUACCCUUUUGUAAUAAUCAUAUAUAUAUAUAUAUAUAUAUAUAUAUAUAUAUAUAUAUAUAUAUAUAUAUAUAUACACACACACUGUACACACAUAUAUACAGUACACAGUUUUAAAUGACAUGAGGGGGAGUAAAUAAUGAUAAAAUUUCUUUUUUUGGUGAAUUAUUCCUUUAAAUGAGACAAGCUACAGCAGUUCACAUCAGUAUACACUGCCUUAAUCUUCUUUAAUUGAGAAAAUUAAUGUAUUUGUAUGACCCAUCAAUUUUCAUGUUCUUCCAAGCCCUCAUUUUAUAUGAUUGUUGAGAAAUAAUAAGCAAUACAGUGGAGCAGCUAAUUGUGAUCUAACCUAAAAAGUCAUAAAGGGGCAGUUCAUCCAAAAAUAAAAACUCCCACACUUUUUACUUGCCCUUAUGCCAUCCCAGAUGUGUAUGACUUUCCUUAUUCUGCAGAACAUAAACAAAGAUUUUUAGAAGAAUAUUUCAGCCCUGUAGGUCCAUUCAAUGCAAGUGAAUGGUGACCAGAACUUUGCAGCUCCAAAAAGAACAUAAUGGUAACAUAAAAUUAAUACAUGUGACUCCAGUGGUUAAAUCUAUGUCUUCAGAAGCUAAAUGACAGGUGUGGGUGAGAAACAGAUCAAUAUUUAAGCUUUUUUUUUUUUUUUUUUUUAACUACAAAUCUCAUUUUCAAACAGCCCUCCUAAGUGCUCUUCUCUCCCGAGAGUUGUUCUUUUGUUUUUGGCAAUUCACAUUAUUCGUGCAUAUUGCCACCUACUGGGCAGGAAGGAGAAUAUAUUGUAAAAAACUUGUCACCCACACCCAUCAUAUCGCUUCUGAAGACAUGAAUUGAACUACUGGAGUCUUAUGGAUUACUUUUAUGCUGCCUUUAUGUGCUUUUUGAGCUUCAAAGUUCUGGACCCUGUUGACUUGCAUUGUGAGGACCUACUGAGCUGAAAUAUUCUUCUAAAAAUCUUUGUUUGUGUUCAGCCGAAGAAAGAAAGUCAUACACAUCUGGGAUGGUAUGAGGUUUUCAUAUUUGGGUGAACUAAUUCUCAUUAUUUUCUCACCCUCAUACUAUCCCAGAUGUGUAUGACUUUCUUUCUACUGCAGAACAGAAAUUAAGAUUUUUAGAAAAAUAUCUCAGCUCUGUAGGUCCAUCCAAUGCAAGUGAAUGGGUGCCAACAUUUUUACUCUAAAAAAAAUCACAUAAAGGCAUCAUAAAAGUAAUCUAUAUGACUCCAGUGGUUAAAUCCAUAUCAGAAGUGAUAUGAUAGGUGUGGGUGAGAAACAGAUCAACACUUAAGUACAUUUUUGCUUGAAAUUCUUCCUCCUGCCUAGUAGGGGGCGGUAUGCAUGAAGAAUGUGAAUCACCAAAAACACAAGAAGAAUGUUAAAGUGGAGGCUGAGCAGGGAGGAGAAUUAUGAUCCGUUUCUCACCCACACAUAUCAAAUCGCUUCUGGAGACACUGAUUUAACCACUGUCAUAUGGAUUACCUUUAAUCUGACUUGUGUGAUUUUUGGAGCUUGAAACUUUUGGCACCCAUUCACUUGCAUUGUAUGGACCAAAAGAGCUGAGAAAUUCUUCUAAAAAUCUUAAUUUGCGUUCUGCUUAAAGAACAUUAUGCACAUCUGGGGUGUCAUGAGGGUGAGUAAAUGAUGAGAGAAUUUUCAUUUUUGGGUGAACUAUUCCUUUAACUGAGAUAUCAGCUUGACAUGGCAAUGUCUUUAUUAAUAAUUUAGUAUCAAUAAACAGAAGCAAUGAAGGCUUUUGUUUGUUUUUGUUUUGUUUUUUGGCUACUGAAAAAAAGUCUUCCUCGUUCACUUCCUUCUGUGCUUUUUUUCUUCUUUAAAUUGCACUUUAUUUUUCCCUUUCACUCUGUAAUCCAAUAAAUGUUUUGUAGUAAUAUGGGUGAAAUUUUCCAUGUUUACUAAU